AUGCCAUUUCCACGGAUCGUGCCCUCAGCACUGUGGCUGGUGCUGCACCUCACAGCAGGGCCCUGCAGGAGGGGGGCAGCGAGCGCCGGCAGAGCCGCCCGCGGUGCCACAGAGCUCUGUGCCAAGGGCACCAUGAGCGCCAGCCCCUGCUGCGCCGUCCCUGCGGGCACCAACGUCACCCUGUCGUGCCAGCUGGCAGCCCCGCGGGCACGGGGCUGGUGCCGGGCAGCGAUUUUCCUCAACAGCUCCGAGCAAAGCCGAGCCCAGGGGGGCUCGGUGAGCAAAACCCUGCUGGUCACCGCCCAGGGCAGGCACUACUUCACCUGCAAGUGCAUCGGCGGGGGCAGGACAGCGCUCAUCUGUGGCAUCGAUAUCCACUGUGGCAACCCUCCAGACGAGCCCAGGAACGUGUCCUGUAUCCAGAAGGGGACACAGGGACGUCCCACCUGCACCUGGCACAAGGGCAGGCUCACCUACCUCCCCACUGCCUAUGGGAUACAGCUCUCCAACGGCACCAACACCUUUUCCUUUCCAGAAGAAGCUCCCAGCCAGGUGUUGUUUGGCUCUGGGGCUCUGAGCAGGCUGGAUUUUGGCUCCAAUUACAGCGUGGUGGUUUCUGCCUCCAAUCCAUUAGGAAAUGCCUCUUCCCAGCCGCUCACCUUCACGCUGGUAGACAUAGUGAAGCCGCUCCCUCCCGAGUUUUCGGUGGAAUUUGAUGAUUCCUCAGGCACCAGCUGCACCAUCGUGUGGCACCACGAGGCACAGGCCCAGCACUGCAGGCUGAGGCACCGUCCCCUCGGCAGGCACGGCUGGAGCACGGUGGAGAGCCUCAGCAGGGAGAGAUUCCACCUGCAGGGGCUGGAGCCCGACACAGCCCACGAGUUCCAGGUGAGCUGCAGGAUGCUGCCGGGCCGGGGGCUGUGGAGCGACUGGAGCAGCAGCCAGGGCAGCACCCCAGCAGCAGUGCCAACAGGGACCCUGGAUGUGUGGUACCGGCAGCAGGAGCUGGGCUCAGGGCUCCAGAACCUCUCCUUUUUCUGGAAGGCUCUGAGCAGGUGGGAGGCAGGAGGGAGGAUCCUGUGCUACAACGUGACCUUGGAAGCCCUGGAGCAGGGGAAGCUCCCGGCGCAGUCCCACCGCACCACCCAGACCAGCUUCUCCAGGGUGACCCCCAGGGCGGGGCACAGGGUGACGGUGACAGCGCAGAGCCCGCGGGGCAGCUCCGCCCCUGCCACCGUCCUGACACACCUGGGCAGCCCAGAUCUGCCCCCUCCCCAGCGCGUCAGCGCCGUGGGCCUGGGGAACAGCAGCAUCCUGGUGAGCUGGAGCCCCCCUGCCGGAGCCGCCCUGCCCCUCGGGGGGUACCUGGUGGAGUGGGCAGAGCCCUGGGGGGAGCCACAGCUGCAGCCCCCCCACAGCUGGGUGAAGCUGCCCCCGACACACCUGUCCACUGUGAUAGCAGAGCACAUCAGAGAUAACGUCUGCUAUCAGAUCCACGUGUCUGCACUUUAUCAGGACAGAGCUGGGCAGGCAGCAUCAGUCAGGGGAAACUCCACAGCUCAAGCCCCCUCAGCUGGGCCGCAGAUGUUCAGCACCCCCUGGGCCAGCGGCGUCCUGGUUUCCUGGGAGGAGAUCCCAGCGCCCCAGCAGAGGGGCUGCAUCACUGGGUACCACAUCUACCUGCACAGGAAGGAUGGGCAGGGCCAGCCCGAGGUCCACACCGUUCCCGCCGGGGCUCCUCGCUCCCUGCACCUCCCUCACCUGGAGCCGGGCGAGCCCCACGAGCUCUGGGUGACAGCGGCGACCGCGGCCGGGGAGGGGCCCCGGGGCAACAGCGACAGCGUCUGCCUGGACGGUGCUGGGGACUGGCUGACUCUGGGGCUCAUCUGCAGCUUCUUCGUCCUCUCAGCCUGCCUUUGUUCUGUGCCUCCAGCAAGGAGAGUGUUGCAGCGGCUCCUGUCCCUCCUGCUGCCGCAGUGGCAGAGCAAAGCCAUUCCCGACCCUGCCAACGCCUCGUGGGCCAAGAGCUUAGCGGCUGCCAAGGCGGAGCUCAGCGCUCCCUCCAGCCCCUUCCUGCCCGGCGGCGCCUUCGAGGAGCCCGAAGCGAGCCCGGUGCAGGAGAGCCCGGCCCGGCCCGAGCCCCCGGACAAGGAGGAGGCGGGCAGCGCUGGCAGCGGGGGGCACGGCGAGUGGGCAGCGGAGGAGCAGCGGCUGCCGGAGCUGUACCAGCGGCUGCUGCUGGAGGCGAUGGAGCCCCCCGAGCCCGCGGCCGAGUACAUCUGCAACCCCGGCGGCCCGGCCCCGGAGCCGGCCCCCGAGCCCGAGCCCAGCCCCCUGUCCGUGUUCCCGACCUCGGCGUUCCUGCCCGCCGCCCUCGGCUGCCCGGGGAACCUGACUCUGGACCGAGUGAAACUCAGCGGCAGCUCCUGA